GAUCACAGACUGAGAGUUCUACAAACUCUAGGGCGAUAUGUGUGUAGUGAUAUGAUUAUCAGUGGCAGGUUUCCAGAAUGCAGGUGGGGGUGAGAGUAAGUCAACAAGGAAAGAGCUCUUAGAAGAACAGGGCUGGGCCACUCGAGUUACAAGGUAGGCAUAAAUAGCCAGUGCCCGCCAAGGAAAGGCUAGCUGGACUGGAGAUCCUAGAGUCCCAGAAGAAGCAACCGCCAUGCUUCUCCUUCCUUUCUCCAUGCUGAUCCUGCUCACACAGCCCCUGAGGUCACUGGGAGCAGAAAUGAAGACCUAUUCCCAGAGAACAGUGGCCAGCACUUGCGCCCUGGUCAUGUGUAGCCCUGUGGAGAAUGGCCUGCCCGGUCGUGAUGGACGGGAUGGAAGAGAUGGCCCCCGAGGCGAGAAGGGGGAUCCAGGUUUGCCAGGAGCUGUAGGGAGAGCCGGGAUGCCUGGACCAGCUGGCCCCGUUGGGCCCAAAGGGGACAAUGGCUCUGAGGGAGAGCCUGGACCAAAGGGAGACUCUGGACCAUCUGGACCUCCGGGACCUCGAGGCAUGCCUGGUUCAGCUGGCAGAGAGGGUCCAUCAGGGAAGCAGGGGAACAUAGGUCCUGAAGGCCCACCUGGCCCUAAAGGAGAGGCCGGGCCCAAAGGAGAAGCGGGUGUGGCCGGCAAGCCAGGCUCUGCGGGGACACAAGGUCCCACAGGUGUUAAAGGAGAGAGAGGUGCCCCGGGUGAGCGUGGAGCCCCUGGGAAUGCCGGGGCAGCAGGACCUGCUGGAGCCAUGGGUCCACCGGGACCUCCAGGUGCCAAAGGGCCCCCGGGACUGAAGGGGGACAGAGGUGCUCCUGGGGAAAAAGGAACGAAGGGAGAGAGUGGGCUUCCAGACAUCACUGCUCUGAGGCGGCAGGUGGAGGCCUUACAUGGACAGGUACAACACCUCCAGAAUGCCUUCUCUCAGUAUAGGAAAGUGGAGCUCUUCCCCAACGGCCGAGCUGUUGGGGAGAAGAUCUUCAAGACAGGGAAUUUUGAAAAGAGUUUUGAGGAUGCGCAGCAGGUGUGUAUGCAGGCAGGGGGACAGAUGGCCUCCCCGCGCUCUGCAGCUGAGAACGAGGCCCUGCAGCAGCUGGCCGCCAUUCAGAACAAGUCUGCUUUCCUGAGCAUGACUGACAUCAAGACAGAGGGCCAGUUCAUCUACCCCACCGGGGAGCCCCUGGCCUAUUCCAACUGGGCCCCAGGGGAACCCAACAACAGCGGCGGCUCAGAGAACUGUGUGGAGAUCUUUACCAACGGCAAGUGGAACGACAAGGCCUGCGGGGAGCCGCUCCUGGUGGUCUGCGAGUUCUGAGCCGCGGGGGCCGGCCGGGGAGCCUGGCCAGCGAGUGGGGACCCAGGCCCAUGUGCUGCCGAUGCCCCAAUAAAAUGGCACCGCCUCUGCCGGCCAGGGCUUCUCCGUAGAGCCGUGGGGGGAGGCCAGAAGGCAGGUCCCUGCCUUUUUUUUGGUAUUUUCUUUUCUUCUUUUUUUAAAUUAAGUUUUUAUUUUAAUUCCAGUUCGUUAGCAUACAGAGUUAUAUUAGUUUCAGGUGUAGAAUAUAGCGAUUCAACAGUUCCAUACAUCACCUUGGGCUCAUCAUGACCAAGUAUUAUAAAGAAUGUAAAUGAGAGAUGCCUGGGUGGCUCAGUCGGUUAAGCAUCUGCCUUUGGCUCAGGUCAUGAUCCCAGGGUCUUGGGAUCGUGGGGCUCCUUGCUCAGCGGGGAGCUUGCUUCUCUCUCUGCCUGCCACUCCCCCUGCUUGUACUCUCUCUCUCUCUCUGACAUUAAAAAAAAGAAACACAAAAUAUAAAUGAACCUAUGCUUAAGAAAUUGGAAUGACACCUGGGUGAAGCACAGGCUCAUAGGAGCCAGUGCUAGACAUAGAGCCAACCACUCUCUCCCUUGUUCCCAGAGACCAUGAGCUCUGCCCUUUCUGGCCCUUCCUCAAUGGGUCCCCCAGGUCCUCUGCCCAACACUCCUGCAGCCACAUCCUGUACAUAGGACAGCAGGCCUGAAAACAAAACCGCAUCUCUCACCAGCACACAGCUCAGGCUCUCGCCACGAUCUUUCUCCUGUUACUAAAAAUAUUCCCCAGUUCCUGGCAACUUAUGAAAUAUAAGUCACUUCCACAGUAAGGGCAAACAACUCUCCAGCACAGAGGCCACACCUCGACACGCUCACUGAGGGAGCUUAGAAAGACCUUUUUGUUUGUUUGUUUGUUUGUUUUUAAUUGCAAAUAUGAAGAACAACUGAAUCGAGCUUUAAGCGAAAUAGGAGCGUUUCUUCUAAAAACAGAGAGUUGUGAAUUGGCCCAAGGAGGACUGGGAGACAGCGUCUGCUGUUUCCGUGGCUUCUGCAUCCUCCCCUCUUCCUCCUUUCCACCCCAGCUUCCUCUUCUUCCCACUCCCUUGACUGCCCCUGUAAGGCAAAACUUGUGUCACAGAAAUUGCCACCCAGAGAUUAGAAACUCUUGCUUGAUAGCAAUUCAAAACUCCUAUGAAAAUGAGUCUGUCUCAGAUGCCCGCCUCUGGUCCAGUCACCUAAAUCUGGAGGGUGGGUCCGCACAGGACAGUAUGGCCACUGGGAUCCAUGCAAGGUCAUGGUGGUUUGGGCAGACCCUCUAAAAGUGAUCACUACCCAUCCUGACACUUCAGCCAAGCCUAUUUCUUGACAAGAGAGAGGGAAAGAGUGCAGCACUAAGAAAUCUUCUGUGGUGUUGAAGGCUGGGAAUGCUGAGACCCCAAAAUAGAAGAGGCGGCAGAUCUCUCUGCACUGUGGGGCCACAGGGGCCUGGUUUGCUCUCCAGCACCGAGAACGAGUAAGGAGAGUCAUUUGGGCUCUGUAGACACAGCUUGACUAAUGCAGAGCACUGAGGCAAGCAUUUCAGAAAAUUCAGGCCUGAGCCCAUUCCUGAAGUAGAGGCCUCCCUUGCAAGUACUUCUAUCGUGGGCAAAGGUCAACACAGAUCUUAAACAUUAUCAGCCCCAUCCCAACCAUGGUAGCCAUGGUCCCUGCUUUAGUAGCCUAGGUGCCAUGUAAAGCCCGGACUGUGUGAUUCUUAUGAUCUCAGGAGAUGUUGUGACCCUCAUAGUGCCAGGUGACAUCAUGGGAGCAGACUGGGAUCCUUCCCUGUUUGGACAGGGGACAACCACAGCAGGAAGGCCCUGUUCAGUUUAACAGAAGAUUCUCAAGUUACUCCCUGGUUCUCAACCCUCCUGGCGCCACACCAGCCCACGUCCCGCAAUGAACAGCCAGUGGGGAGACCUCUGAUGUUUGCUUUUUCAGGAUCCUAGGUUUCUUCUGAAUUCCCUUGAUAUAAAAGGGAAUUGCUUACGCCGAGGGCAUUCUCCAUCACUCUUAUCUUUUGCAUGUCCUUAACCCAAGGUUAAUAGUGUGCUUCACUUUUCAAGUUACCUACAUCUUAUAUACAAGAGCAGAGAAACCAGGUAUCUAUCAGGAGGAGUAAAAUAUGAAUUUAUACCUCAAAUAUUUGUCAGGCACUGACAUACAGAGAUGGAAAUGGCUGGUCAUGCCCUCAUAGAUGCUGCAGCCCUGCACAUCCAUAACAUUAGAGGUAAGCUAUAGAAUGUGUUCCAGCAGUGGGCAAUCGAGAUGUUCAAUAAGUGGAUUAGAAUGAGCAGGCAAGUCUAAAACCCGUUAACGGGGAGAAUAGGGAGACGUCUCCUUGUGCAAUCUCCAGGCUACUCAGACUCUCACUAUUGUUCAGGGGAAUCGUCUGUGGCUGAGGCCUCUGGAUGGCUAAUAGCAGGUGUUUUGUAGAUGCUACUGUUUUUCACCAAUAUUUCAAUGAGGGAGGCCUUAUGAAGACAGGCUUGUGGCAUGUGUCACCUCUGGGAGGACGCACAUGAGGACCAGGGCACAUCCCCAAAUGGCCUCUUUUCUGCUGCCACUGUGAUCACAGAAGGCUCUGGUGGCUAUGAAGUUACUCUACAAUCCAGCAUUCUGGAAACCUGAGCAAAUUCAUGGAGCACAACUGCCCUUGUGGACCUAGGGGGGAUCACUUGCAACCACUUGGGCUCCCAGUGAGAUUUGCGGGUUGUCACUGCAGCCUCGGUAGCCCAUCUGUAUCCGUGACACAUUGAAUAGUAGCCUCCUUGGCCUCCAUUUACUUAAGCAGUGUAAUCUCUCAGACUGCCUGGCUCAAACAACUUUUGAGUCCCAGAGGGACUCAUGCGGGCCCUUCCUGAGCAAAAUGGUACUUUUCAUAGUUUUUAGUACGUCGGCAGAAUGAAUGGAGUAAAUACAUGAAAGAGUUGAGGGAAUGAAAUCCUCAAUUCCUACUUGUAAGUCUGUUUAUAGGGCUGAAUAAAGUGUUUUCAAGAUGUU